AAACAUCUGAGCUUUUACGGAAGUAACGUCGGCUAAAAAUGGCUGCAACGGGUCUGGGUUGGAGGUCGUGUUUGUGUGUUCAUUUAGCGAUAUUUGGGUGGUAUGUUUUCACACUACGGGCUUAUUGCUCAUCAGAAAUAACAGAUCGAAAUCCAGGAGCGCAAACAUACGGAGGACGAUGGAAAUAUCUUACUUUUAUAAACCUGGUAAUGCAGACGGUCUUUUUUGGAUUAUGUGUUGUGACCGAUAUUGUACACAUGGCAGUAUCAAAUAAAGCUGCUCGUAGCGGACUUCCGUCUCUGCUAUUAGGAACGAGAGAUUAUAUCUUUACAGUCUUGGCAUUCCCAGUUGGUAUGUUUGUCUUCGCAUCAUUUUGGUCAAUCUACGCCUACAACCGGGAACUGGUAUAUCCAAAGUUUCUUGAUGAUAUUAUUCCAAUAUGGAUCAACCAUGCCUUGCACACCAUCAUUAUGCCUCUGCUCCUGGUGCAGAUGUAUCUCCAGCUUCACAAGUACCCCAGCCGAGCCAAAGCCAUCCUGAGCCUGGCUUUGUUUGCGGCUCUUUACCUGGCAUGGGUCCUUUGGGUGCACCAUGUGUCGGGGAUCUGGGUGUACCCCAUCAUGUCCCACCUGAGUCCCGUGGGGCUGGUGGUGUUUCUGGGGGUGGCCUCGCUGACCAUGGCCCCCCUCUACCUGCUGGGCGAGAAGAUGCACCAGCUCAUGUGGAGGACGGCGGGGGGAGGUGGUGGAAAAGGGAAGAAAAAGAAGUAGACAGUUUGGCUGUGAAAUAAACCUCAGCGAAGGGGACCCUGCAAGGAAGCCAGGAGUGGAAUGGACCAGAACAUAAGAAGGCAUUGAAAGCAUUUAAACCAGCGCUGUCUAUGACAGAGGGACUCAGGUUUUCCUGUAUUAAGCUACCGGUACAUACUUUUCCCAGCACUGAACAGUCAUAAUGCUCAACUGUAACACAGCAAUCAAACAUGAAACAGGAUGAGGACGGGACUGACUUAGCUUGCUGUUUCUAAAUGUAUGGUUUGCACAUGCAUUGUAGCAUGUCACAUUAAGGCAUUCUAUACAUGCUGAUUACUCAAGAUGCUGUUUUUUUUUUAUUUUAUAUUGGCCAGUUCAAUCAAUGUGUGCUGUGUUGUAUUUAAUCGCCCAAGUACAUUUAAAUGAAAUUCCUUUAAUAUAUUGCUAUUGUUGCCUAAAAUAGAUUGAAUGAUUGAAUAAAUAUGAUUUAUUCAAUAAAAUA